GUCUCGCCACUGUAUGCUAUCCAAUUCCCUUCGGAGAAUUCAUAAUGAUCGCUAAGGUUUCCUUGUUGUUGGUCCUCGUGGCCGCUGUCUUUGGGGGCCCUUCCCAGCCACAGUAUGGAUACGCCCCUCCUCCUUCAUACGAGGAACCAGCCAAGUACGACUUCAACUACGCUGUGAAGGACGACUACUCCGGCAACGACUUCGGCCACCAGGAAGCCCGUGAUGGCUACGACACUCAGGGAUCUUACUACGUCCUCCUUCCCGACGGCCGCCUGCAGAAGGUGUCCUACAACGUCAACGGAGACUCAGGGUUUGUGGCUGAGGUCACUUACGAGGGAGAGGCUCAGUACCCAGAGUACCAUCCGGCGCCUUCCUAUGCUUAGGCUGUCUAUUUAU